CAUACCGGCCGUACAUCUCAACUGCAGUCUAUUUUUCUUGCACCGUCAACAAUGGCGCCCGCGACGGCGACGGCGAUAGAGACAUCCAUAAUCCUUCCACCACACUUUGUUCUCGUCCCGCUCAUCGGGCAGGGCCACACCAUCCCCAUGUCGGACCUUGCCUGCCUCCUCGCGGGACGCGGUGUGAGAGUGAGCCUCGUUACAACACCUGUCAACGCCGCGCGUCUACAGGGUGUAGCCGACAGGGCGCGGCGCGCCAUGUUGCCCCUGGAGAUAGUUGAGCUCCCGUUCCCGCCGGCCGACGACGGGCUGCCCCCUGGCAGCACCGCCGGCAUCGACAGCUUCCUCCGGUUGUUCCUGGACCUCUACAGGCUGGCCGGGCCGCUCGAGGCCUAUGUGCGCGCGCUGCCGCGGCGCCCCAGCUGCAUCAUCUCCGACGCUUGCAACCCGUGGACAGCCGGCGUCGCAAGGAGCGUCGGGGUCCCGCGGCUCUUCUUCCACGUGCCUUCCAUCUUCUACUCGCUAUGCGACCUGAACGUGGCAACGUAUGGCAAGGGCGACCACGACACGUCGUACGUCGUGCCGGGCAUGCCGAUGCGCGUAGAGAUGACCAAGGAGACAUGGUCGUCCUCCUUCUAUACCACACCCGAGUGGGAGGAGUUCACCAAGGAGGCGCGGGAGGGCAUGCGCUCAUCCGAUGGCGCCGUGAUGAACACCUUCAUGGGCCUCGAGCAAGAGUUCAUCACUUCCUAUGAAGCGGCACUUGGCAAGCCUGUCUGGGCGCUUGGGCCCUUUUUGCUCGGUAACCGGCGGGACGAGGAGGCCGUCUACCAUAGCGCGGUCACCGCUUGGCUCGACAAGAUGGACCAGAGCACGGUCAUUUAUGUCAAUUUUGGCAGCUUGGUGCAGAUGCCUCCCAAGCAGCUGUACGAGGUUGGACACGGCCUCGAGGACUCUGAGAAGCCGUUCCUUUGGGUGGUGAAGGAGUCUGAGACGGCGUUGCCAGAAGUGCAAGAGUGGCUCCAAGCCCUGGAGGCACGCACGGCAGGGCAGGGACUCAUAGUGCAUGGUUGGGCGCCUCAGCUCACCAUCAUGUCGCACCACGCCGUAGGCGGCUUCAUGACCCACUGUGGGUGGAACUCCCUGCUAGAGUCCAUCGCGCACGGCGUGCCUGUCGUGACGUGGCCUCAGUUCAGCGACCAGUUCCUCAACGAGAGGCUGGUCGUGGAAGUACUUGGGGUCGGCGUGCCCUUGAUGCCGUCCGGUAACAACAGGGCCGUGAUGCGGGGGCACAUUGCGCGAGCAGUGUCAGAGCUGAUGGGCGAUGGGGCUGUGGUAGAGGACAGGAGGAAAAAGUGCAAGGAUUACGGGGAGAGAGCUCAUGCAUCCGUAGCGAAAGGAGGAUCGUCGCACGAAAACCUGACGCGGCUAUUACAGAGCUUCAUGCCGAGUGGCAGCAAGGAACUGUAGAUUAUCCAACGUUUGGUUUCAUCAUUUUGUAGCAUAUAAGGCAUGCAUUGUGAGU